AUGAAGUCGAAUACUUAUAUCCAACUUUCGUUCUAUUUAAUAAUCAAUCUUGCUGGUACAUACGCAUUUAUACCACAUCCACUGGUUGCAGAUGUUUUGCUAUCAAGUAGUAGUAUUUCGCAUGCAGAAAUUACUCAGCGUGGUAUCAUUCGUAGUCUAGCUCGUUUCUUUUUUGAUACACGUUUAUUUGCAAAUGACACCAAUGCCACGCUUGUUAAUGAAGAAGCAUAUUUUAAUACAGAUUAUACUAUUGAUGAUCUUUAUGAAUUAGCGCAUCCAGAAUAUAAUGCGUUCGAAGUAACAUCCUGUUCACUUCCAUUAAAAUUUAUUGUUGAUUCUAUAAUGACAGAAAAUGCUCUGGUUGACUUUAAGGAUAGCACACAAAAAGUUGCGGCGGCACAUUAUGAUGGUGAAUCAUUUAUAAACGCCAGCAGACGCAUUCUUCAAUUUAGAGGCAGAAUUAUCAACGCUAUUAGUAAUACCAGCCAAGAUUUAUCUAAUGCACGUGACUUACUUGGGCAAUUGCUUCAUACAUUACAAGAUUUUUAUUCACAUUCAAAUUGGAUUGAAAUGGGAAAAACUGAUAUUAAUGAGCUUAUUGGUUUCAAUGAAACUAUUGGUAUAGUUGCUCGACCUGAUCAACCAACAUGUACAAAUAAUGGAUGCACAAAAAUAGAACACUCUUGUACUCUUUGGCAAAAAAUUACUAUUGGCAACUGUCCACUUGUAUAUUAUGAUUGUCAAAAUAAUAUUUUACCAGAAAUCAAUAAUCAACAAAUACUUACAAGCGGCUAUUAUGCUACUGACGUUAAUGAAAACAACGAACUGCUUCUAAAACCAACAAAUGUUGAAAAAUGUUCUCAUGGUUCAGUACGUGAUGAUUCAUCAAAUAUACCAGCUAUUGGUGGAAUUAAUAAAGAUUCAUAUAGUUUAAUCUUUUCACCUCAUGCAAAUCUUCAUAAACAAGCAGCUGAUCUAGCUGUAAAGGCAACUGAACAAUUUGUCAAUGAUCUACGCCGAGAUAUAGGUGAUCACAAUUUCGAUCGUCUUUUUGUCAUUAAUCCAAGUGGAGAAGAAUGUCACUUCGCAUCAGCUUCCGUCUCUCAAGGAAAACGAUUUCGACUUUUUACACCAAAUCUUUCAGCUCAUGUGAAAGAUAAUUGUCGUUUCUGGACAAAACUUAAAAUAUCGUUCAACAAAUUUGUUAGAACAAUCAAAUCAAUGUGGACUAGUGCCUUGUUUGGAGUGGAAGAUAUCAAUAAACCGACUUAUGACUUUAGUGACAAAGAAGUGGAUGUGACGAAUGUGAAUAAUUCUCGUGCUGCUCCAUAUGCUUUUGGACAAGAAAAGUUCAAACUCAAGAAGCAUAUGAUCCAUCUUGCACGGAAGCGUUGA